UUCGGCGCCGAGAAGGCAGUCAACAAAUAUUGUGACUGGUGGACCACCUUGGUCCGCCGGAACUCCACCAAGCUCCCUCAGAUCAAAACAUUGUGGGAAUCCUUCGCAUGGGACAUCGCCAUGAGGGUGAGACAGACCGAGACUUUCAGCACCAUCACCGAUGAGCUCAUGGCGGACCUCUCCACAUCCCCCAAGAAGAAACAGAGGAACACCAACAACCAGAACCGCUACCAGGACCGCUACAAGGGCAACAAGGCCAACGGAAAAGGCCGCGGCUACAAAGGGAAGGGCAAGGGCUACAAGGGAUGGAAUCAGCAAUACACCAGCCCAUCCUGGCCAGCGCAGUGGCAAACGCCCCCGGUGACGGGGUCAGGAGGACAGAAACGCAUUCAACGACUAGCACUGUUCUAUGACACCUCAGUGGUGCACCUCAGCUUCUUCGAUGGGAUUGGCGCAGCCAGCCUGGCGUUCCUCAAUUUGGGAAUACAGCCCGUGCUCACCAUGAGCUGGGAGAUCGACACAGAAUGCAUCGCGAUCCUGGAUGAACACUUCGCCCCCAUCGGAGAUGUCACGACAUUCAACAUCGAGAGCCUCGUGAAGACACUCAUGGACAAUGUGGACCACGAUAAGCCCAUCAUGAUCAUCGCAACCGGAGGACCGCCACGCCCAGACUUCUCCGCGAUCAAGAACCAGCCGGCAGGUACACAGGGCGCCACCGGGCACCUCUUCCAGCACACAGUGAACAUCUUGUCAGCAAUCAAGGAGGCCCUGCGCCCGGUACCGGUACACAUCUUGCUCGAAAAUAUGGUGCCUCACGAAGACGUCAAGUCGGACAUCGUCAAGCUAUCCAACCAAUUGCACAUCGAGCCUAUCAUUGUCGACGCAGCAGACGGGGGCACCACACACUGCCGGCGACUUUGGUGGCUGUCUGUCGACUGGGGACACGUACAGCAGAUGCUCACCCACCACGCACCAUGGUCCUGUCAGUGGAUGGAGAAUGAACAAGGCUGGCCCAGGCUGCACGAUCCGAUCGCAGCCAUUCUUCAACCAGAGAUCACCACAGCAACCCACUCAGCACCGACAGUGAUACAGAACCAGGGGCUCUUCGAUUGCCUCACCACACCAGCACCCGACGCCAGCGGACGCCCGCCUCCAGCACGAACAAAUGAAUUUGCACCAUGGCAAUACCAAACCAAAUAUUUGGUCACAUCCUGCCAGGGGACCGCCGGCCUCGCCCCUGCCACCAUGCGUGAACAGAUGAUGGGAUUCUCAGGCUCACAUACGACCAACAUGACGAACGACCCCACCGAGUACCAUCGCAACAAAGCAUUGGGCAACACCUGGCACGCUGUGGAAGAGAUACAACAGCUAGUCGAGGACAUGGAGGACCUGCCCGAUACCUGGAGAUCGCAGUUACCGCCGCAUGUGCACCACGCUUACACCACCGCUGGGUGCACCACGCAGCGCGAACUCACAAAUGGUUUCCAACUAAUGGGCGAUCUCCAACCUGGCACCAAUUGGUACGUCCGCACCGACCAGAAAUAUUUACACCCCAGGUCACCCCAGGACUUCAUUGACCACAACCAUCAGUACAUGCAACAAAAGCUCCUCAAGCCACGAGUCGAUGACCCUUACGCGUUCAUGUUGGAAGAGAUCGUGCAAGAAGUCAGAGCAGGACGCAUGAAUGGACCGUUCCGACAACCCCCUUCGUGGCCGACAUCUACGAUCACACCCUCGGGAUACGAUAUGGACCUGCCCUUACCGCACCCUACACCCAAGAUAGCCAUGGCCUUCAGCAUCAAGCAAACCGGGUCAGACGGCAAAGACGAAAUCCGUCGCGGAGAGGAUUGGCGCCGCAGCGGGCACAAUUCCACAUGCACCAUGCACGAUCAACCUUUUCACCACGCACCAGACCACUUCGCUUCACUGGUCAUACAAACACACCAAUUGCACCCGAAAGAGGACAUGCACGUCUGGGGGCAUGACCACGACGGAGCAUACAGACAGCUACCCUGGACAAUAUGUCCUCUUGCCAGGGCCCCACACUGUGGAGCCACAACGUCCUGCUAUUUUGGGUCGUGCGCCAGUGUAUGGGGGUACAAUCGCUUUGGUGACGCCAUGGUCUCCGUCUCCAGAAUCCUCCUACUUUGUCCCACCAUGCAGUACGUCGACGAUUACGGCAGCACCGAGAUCACCAGACACUCAGCCUCAAGACACACAAGAUACAGGGUGUCCACAUUAGCAUCGAACAGCAACAUGUCAUCCUCACACCUUGCCCUCAGCGUGUUGACAGGAUGCGCCAGGACAUCCUCAGUUGCAUACAAAACGACCACCUUGACUCAGACAUGGCAAGAAGGAUGGCAGGUAAGUGCAACUUCCUCACCGGCAGGUUGUUUGGCAAAGUCGGUCGUGCCCCACUCAAGGCCAUUUACGCCAGAGCACAUAACCAUCACACUUCGCUGGACAAACCCACCAAGGCUGCUCUGUAUGCUCUCAUGGACAUCAUUUCGCGUUGCAAGCCCAUGA